CCCCCGCGCCCCCAAAGGGGUUGGGUACAGCGGGACGAUUCUUAGUCACUUCCCGGGAAUGCAAGGGGGCGGGCACCAGCAUUUUGGAGAGGCGGGACUUGCUGCUGAGUGACAGGAGGGUGGGCCAACCAGAAGCCCAGUUGAAAGUUACCUGUUGGAAACUGCAGCAGGUGUGUCUUGGGUUUCACCCGAGAUUUUCCUGGUACGGAAAUGUGUUCCUCGAAGAGGAGUGUCCAGAUAGCGAGGGCUCAGACAAUGGAGCCUAUCGCGACCUGGAAUCCUCAAAUGGUGGUGGCUUGGAUGAGAGGACUGGAUCCAGCGUUACAAGAUUACCCAUUUGAGACAUGGGGUCUGACUGGAAAGGGUCUGCUUCACUUGUCCUAUCGAGAUUUGGAAGAUCUGGGCAUGAGCCGUAUUGGCCAUCAAGAGCUGCUUCUGGAAGCUGUGGAACAGCUCUGCGUCUUGAAUUAUGAGCUAGCGACGUCCAACCUGCGGACACUUACGGAGAAACUGCAGGGUGUCAUUCAGACAAUCCAGGCUUUCAUCCUGAGCCACAGGAAAGUGAGCACCUACAAUGGGGAGUCUCUUGAGAAGCCAUCUGACCUCCUGGCCCAUGUUGUGGAGCUCACUGGAGCAGCCAAACGCCUGUUCUUAUGGCUCAACAGGUACCUCUUCUCUCACCUGAAUGAUUAUUCAGCCAGCCGGGACAUCAUCUGGCUCUGUGGAAAUCUGGUGGAGACCAUCCAGAAGGACUGCACAGUGUCGGAGAGAGAGGAUCAAAUUUUAUUAAUUGGCAAACACAUCUCGGGGAUCUGUGAGCACAUCUUGAACUACAGUCCAUCCGACCUCCUGAAUCAAACGGCUGUCUUGGAGACAGUGGAGCUUUUGCCAGCGGGCCCCGAAGACAGUUUGGGCAUUGAAAUAAAAUCCUCUCCCUCCUGUCUCCAUUUCAUAUCAGGAACGGCCCCAGAGUCCCCAGUGGAGCACCGCGACAGGGUCCUGCCUGGAGAUGAGAUCGUGCAAGUGAACAACCAGGUGGUGAUAGGCUGGACUCGGAUGAAUCUGGUGAAGAAGCUUCUUGAGACGCCAAGUCGGGUGAUUUUGGUGCUGAAGAAAAUCCCAUUCAGUUUUUCAGGGUCGCCCAGUUCCCCCGGAUCUCCUCAGCAACAGGAUCCAGACUGUUCCUUGGAUGCUGCUGAAUCUCUGCACUCAAGGAAUGAUGAUGAGUCCCCGACGAGUUCUGCUUCCCUGUCUUUCAGCAUGACUGGGUUUGAAGGGACUGAGGAGUCUGCGUGGCAUCUCCCUGCCGAUGAAGAGGAGCCAGAAGGACCUGAGCUGAGGCAUCCGGCUGGCAACACCUGUGAUUUUGUAGAGGAACUCCCUGGUGCAGCGUUGGAAGGCCAGGACUUCGGGGCACACACGAUGGGCCACGAAUCCCCAAACGCUGCCACCCCUGCCCCGCCCGGCCCCCUGGAACUUGGGUUGCAGAGUUCUGCAAGCCCUGAUGGUGGAUUUGUCAGAGGAUGCCGGAGUCAGGGUUCUUCAGACCCUUCCAAAGAGGACAGUGUUGAAUUUCGACGGAAGCAAAAAGGAAUGACUACUAGGCUAAGCCGACGACGCAUCUCCUGUCAGGAGCUGGGGCAGGUGGACUGCGAUGGCUGGCUCUUGAAGAAGAAAGAGCAUGUGGGCUUCAUGGCCCAGAAGUGGAAACGGUUCUGGUUCGUGCUGAAGGGCCAAGCCCUCUAUUGGUACAGCAAUCCCAGUGAUGAGAAGGCUGUGGGCCUGAUCAAUGUGUCGGCCUACAGACUGGAAAGCACAAAGGAACCGAAAAAGAAAUAUGUCUUCCAACUCACACACAAGAAGUACAAGCCCUUCAUCUUCGCAGCAGAGACGUUGGCUGACCUGAGCUUGUGGGUCAGCCAUUUGAUAACAUCAAUGAUGAAAUAUACUCCAGUCCAUAAAUCUGUAUCACACAGGCAAGAAGAUUGCUACAGUGAAACGGAAGCUGAAGACCCUGAAGAUGACUCCCCCAGGCAUAGCUUUGAUGUGCCAAAGUUGAGGGGAUUGGAGAAAAGUCCGCUGCCACCAGGUGCUACUUGCAGCAAUGGAUCUCCCAGUGGGAGCUCCCUAAGCAGCCCGCUGCUAAAGCAAAAAGCAGAUGAGAACACAGCACCCUCCUCUCCCUCAGAUCCUGCAGGAGAAGAACUCGAGUCACUGAUAAAGUGUCUGAAGCAAGGUGGGGUGUCCCUUAUUGGGCAGCAACAGGUUUUCACCCGUGAACAGUACCGGAAAUCCUUCGUUAAACGCAACAAAAACCCAGAGAUCAAUGAGAAGGUGCACCUUGUCCGGACACUCCAAAGCACACUCAAGGCAAAGUUGGCUGAGCUCCAGCUACUGGAUAAUCUCCUGGAUGAUUCUGAACUGACCUCUGAGAAAUUCAGCCACUGGAAAGAACAACAUCAGGAAUUGUACCAGGAAAUACAGGCAUGGUGGACCCAAACAGUUAGUCAGGAGCAUGGGAGAACAGAUGUAUCCAUGGACUUCAGCCCAGAUGCUGAUGUCGCUGCUGGUGCUACUGCUGUAUAGCCUCUUGUCAGUAGGACUGAGAUGACAAAUGGUUCUCCAUACACAGAUGAAGGUCCUCUCAAUGUAGAAAGACGGUUGAACAGCAAAGAAGCAAUUGCUGAGUGGCAGAAGUUUCAUCACUUCCUGAUGGGCAUUUUAAAAGACUGACAUAUUUUGGCAGUGCAGAAAGAAGCCAACAAAGGAGGCACACCCACUGCAUGUGAAUCAACAGGCAAGAAGAAAACGUCGACUCAACAUUUUGUUGUAUUGGCAGCCUCCUUUUCUCUUCAGAGUUCUCAGCAAACAAUUCCUCCAGCAUGUUUCAAAUUGAAACCCUUUCUCCAGGCAUAUUUAAUAACAAGAGCGUAAAUCAAUGUGUGUUCUAGCCAAUGGCCUAGAUCCAGAUAUGUUAGUCAUGCUUAAGAACCAUUGAAAUCAAUGAGACAAGUUUAGUGAUAACUAAUUUUAAAUUAAUUUCAGUGGGACAAGCAUAAUUAACUUUCUCUGGAUUUAGGCCAACAGCAAUGACAAAGAUCAAUUAUUAACAGUAAAUGUUAAAAUAAAGGUGUAGUUAACCAUUAGAGGGUCUAGUAGGAUUUACUAUUUGAAAUUCUAGUGGAUUGUCAGGAACCAAAUUUAUUUAAAAUGGGGAUAGAAAUAGAAUGUGUAUAUAAAUAUUUACUACUUGUGUUGACAAAACAAACUUCAGGUCUGGAAAACAUUUUACUUUGUUCCUCCUCCACUUCUAUUACUACAUCUUCAAAAUGCACAGCUUGUAGAUAACAGAAUCCCCAAACAACAAAACCUAUAUCAAGCCAAAAUGAAUCAUGAGUCUGUUUAAAAUAAAGUUUUUAAAACAAUUUUUAAAAAAA